AAUUACUAGGAAGCUGUUAUAGUGAAAGUGAGUUUGAAAAAUUCCUAUAAUAAACAGAGUCAAGACAUAGUACUAUUACUCAAGAAUCAAUACCAUGAACACUCAUUAUGUUAUGGCUUUAUUUUUGUUCAUGGUUUACUUUGUUGUUAGAACAACUACAGCCAUGGUCAAUGAUUCUCCAGAUUUAAGAUGUGGAAAUCAAGUUAUUAUCAAAUUCCCUUUCCAUAUCAAAAACCAAAAUCCAAAUCCAUCUUUGUAUGGCUAUCCAGAUUUUGAGUUAUUUUGUUCAUCAAAUAAUGAAACUAUGAUUGAACUUCCUUACAAAGUGAAACUCAAUGUUAAGAACAUUGACUACAAACACCAAACCAUUGAACUAUUUGACCCACAAAGUUGUCUUUACAAACAUAUCCACAACCUCAAUCUUUCAGAAUCUCAUUUCAACUACGUGAAAUAUGACUAUGAAGAUUUUGUCGACCAUCACUUUUUCAAUUGUUCGCUUUUGAAUAGAGAUGACAUAAAUUCUUAUUUGGUUCCGUGUUUAAGUACAUCAACCUCUCAAAUAUACGUUAUCCUCUCUUCUGAAUCAAUCGACUACCUCCCUCUUUCUUUUUGCACCAAAAUGUUUAAUGUUUCAUUAAUCAGCAUUUCUCGUUCUGUUCCAAACCAAAAGUUUCUUCGUUUGAUGUGGUCUGAGCCUAAUUGCAAACAUUGUGAAUCAAAAGGAAACAGAUGUGGCUGGAAGAAUACUACUAGUACUACCAACAAGGAAGUAGAUUGCUUCGCCAAAAACCACAAAGGUUCAUCAACGACGCUAGUCAACACAGGUUCAUCAACGGCUCUAGUCAACACAGGAUCAAUUCUAGGAUCGCUGUUUUUUGUCUUGUUAACCGGUGCAGUCUACCACGUUUAUGACUCUUACAUACUGAACAAAGCAAAACAAGCAAUUAUAGAAAAGUUUUUAGAAGAUUAUAGAGCUCUUAAACCCACGAGAUACUCUUAUGUAGAAAUUAAGAGAAUCACAAAUAACUUUAGUGACAAGUUAGGACAAGGUGCCUAUGGAACUGUAUAUAGAGGAAGCAUUUCAAAAGAAAUCAUUGUUGCUGUGAAGAUACUAAAUUUUUCUCAAGGAAACGGGCAAGAUUUCCUCAAUGAAGUUGGUACAAUUGGUAGAACCCAUCAUGUUAAUAUUGUUAGAUUGGUCGGUUUCUGUGCUGAUGGAUUUAAAAGAGCUCUUAUUUAUGAAUUUUUACCAAAUGGUUCCCUGCAGAAGUUCAUAAAUUCACCAGAAAACAAGAAAAACUUCCUUGGUUGGAAAAAGUUGCAUGAAAUUGCUUUAGGUAUAGCUAAAGGAGUUGAGUAUCUUCAUCAAGGUUGUGAUCAACGCAUCCUUCAUUUUGAUAUCAAACCACAAAAUGUGUUACUUGACCAUAACUUCAUUCCAAAAAUAUCUGACUUUGGUCUAGCUAAAUUAUGUUCAAGGGACCAAAGCGUAGUUUCAAUGACCGCAGCUAGAGGAACAUUGGGGUACAUUGCUCCAGAAGUUUUUUCAAGGAACUUUGGAAAUGUGUCUUACAAAUCAGAUGUUUAUAGUUAUGGAAUGAUGUUGCUUGAAACAAUAGGAGGGAAGAAAAUCACAGAGGAUUUAGAGGAAAACAGUAGUCAUGUUUACUAUCCGGAAUGGAUUUAUAAACUUAUAGAUGAUGAAGAGGAAAUGAGAAUUCAUGUUGACGAUGAAGGGGAUGAAAAAGUUGCAAGGAAAAUGGCCAUUGUGGGACUAUGGUGCAUUCAGUGGCAUGCUAUGGAUCGACCAACAAUGCAAAUGGUGGUUCAGAUGUUGGAGGGAGAUGUAGACAAAACUCCAAUACCUCCCAAUCCAUUUGCUUCUCAAUCUAGACAACCUAGGAGAAAUGGUGGAGUUGCAAUUACUAGACAACUCACUCAAGAGUUAGAUGUAAUUCAAGAGUUGGAAUGACUUACAAUUGUAAAAUAUGUGCCUAUUUCUGAUUUAUAAGUAUAGCCUUUGAACCAUAAUCAGCCUGCUUUCACUCGCUCCCACACAUAAAUCUCUACGUAUUGUGUAUAACCGGACCUUAUAUAAAAAAUAUUUGAACAACAAUGCAUAUGUUGUUUGUAUGGGUUUCCUGUAGUCGCUGGUCAUCACUAAAACAGUUGAGUACCAAUGCAAAUGAAUAACAAAUGUACUCAUCUAUUAGAAACAGAAACACUGAAUGAAUCAUGCUACUAAUGACUAUCCAGAAACACUGGUCAUUAUGCCUUUUGAGCGCUGCAAAUGGUGCUUCGGAAGAACUUGAAUGCAUUAGCUGAGCAAUCUAGCCAAAUUUAUUUUCCUUUUUGGAUUUAUGAUCAGUUACAUGAUGGAAGUGAAGUAACAAUUGAGAAUGACACAGAUGAAGAAAUGAAAUUGGCAAAGAAAAUGAUGAUUGUGGCAUUAUGGUGUAUUCAGACAAAACCUAGUGAUCGUCCUUCAAUGGAUAAAGUGAUUGAGAUGCUUGAAGAAGAAGAUGGGGAUUUGCAAAUGCCUAAUAAGCCUUACCUUUAUCCACAAGAUAUACCAGCAGACGAUGUUAGAGAUGAUAGUACUAGCGUUUCUUGGUCUUCCUCUGGUGCAUCAAGAAUUGAUUCCAUGGAACAAGCCUAAUAAUCCCUCCCAAUUUGCAUCGAACUUCUUGGUUCAUGGCAUUUCUAACCAAUCAAAAUUACACUAUGAGUAUCGAUAGCAAUGUAAGACAAAAUAAAACAGAUGCAAUCAGACUGAUAUAAUAUUGAUUA